AUGAAACGAUCGGACCCUCUCGGGGAAGGCGAUGCCCAGACCUCACGCCCCCAGGUCAAGAGGGCGAGGUCCCAAACGACUCUUGACCAGUACUUCACUCGCCCACUACCAAACAGGUCGACACCCAAAGAGACGGCCCAGCAACGCGCUGGCCUGCAAGCUCUCCCGGUCGAGUGCUUGGAUAAUAUUUGCAGCUAUCUUCAUGAUGAGAACUACUUUGCAAGCCUAGUCGCCUUCGCCUUGGCCAGCAAGACGUGUCACGGCGUGGCGAAGGGUUUCCUUGUUGAAACUAUUAAGUUCCGAAUUGAGAAGGUCCACGACACGUGGAAGUCGGAGCUCUACAAAAACAGGCUGAAAAUUCAAGAAGAGACAUUCCACAGCGACGUUCGAUUGUGCUCCGAGGCCCUUCUUCGCGAUGGAACCUUUACGUCAGUGCGUCGCCUUGUUUUGGAUGACACACGAGAACUUGACUUUGUGCACGAGCCUGGUCACCGCCAGUAUCGCAACAUCUGGCAGCAGCCCACCUUGAGCGAUUUUGAAAGGCACAAAGAUGGAUGCGGCUUCGAAGGGUACUUGUCGUAUGAUGACCCCCGUUCUUUUGAGGGUGACGAAGGACUUCCAGACGGCUAUGGUUAUCGUGGCCAUCACGGCCUUCCUGAGUUUCACCGCAAUGAGCUUGAUGAUGAUCAUUUCUGGGCUCCCUUGGCCGCUCUGGUGCGCUAUGGAUUCGCAACUUUCGUCUACACAGUGCGUUGGAGGGUCCCAACAGAUCCCUUGAUGGACCUGACCUGGAACUGGCUAAGUCUCCUUGUUUAUAUGGCGUACGAUGCUGCCAAUGCGUCGGUCAUGGGUCACUUAACCAGGCUCUCGCCCAAUCUAAAGGAGAUCAGCAUGCUUAUGCACCGAUGGCAACGCUACGAGGCUAUUUCCUGGGAUUCUUUUCGACAUCUUCAUGAGGGCGAAGGGAAGAACACCGCGGCAUCUUUGGAGUCUUUGCGCCUGAAAAUCAUGUUUGAUCCACUCACUCCGUUAGUGAGCCGCGGCGCGCUCGAGUCGUGGAGUACAUGCGUGGACUUUGCUCAGUUACGGAACCUCUACCUUUCUCACUGUCCAACCUUAGAAGGGUUCCAACUUCUGUCAUCCUCCGACUUUCGGUCUCUGGAGUGCCUUGAUCUUAGGGUCACGAAGAAGUAUCGCGAUCCGGGAGAACCUGCAGAUCUGGAACAAACCGAAGAAGCUCUUCGCAUGGCAGUGCAACAGUUCGUUGGUGGACUUUCAUCGCAGCUGUCCACGCUACGAAUCACGGGCGAAAGCCGUUUCUACGAGUUUCCAGCAGGAUUGGGUCACACGCUCCGGACACUAGAUCUCACGAAGGGGACUGCUGAACCACUCACUAUCGGCGAUGUGGAGGAGAUUUCCAGACUAAGCCCACUCAUUGAGCAUUUGGGUCUAAAGAUUGCUCGCACCAAGGGUGAUGCGGGAGAGGUUGCUACUUACAGAGCUCUAGGAAGGUUUUCCAACCUACGGAGUCUUCAGAUCUUUCUCAAUGUGACGAUGCCGUACAUCACAAGUUCUAUGCUCAGGGAGCUAGAUCUUUACGAGAAGAUUGAGGAAGAAUAUCCCGAUAUUUUCAGCUGGUUACCUCCGUUUUGCAACGCUGAGGAAGAGGACAGGGAACUUGCUGAUACGGUCCAUCAGUUAUUGAAUUACCAUGGGAUGAGUAUCUGCAAUCAGUCCGAUAUGGAUGAUCGAGAAAGCGUGUACAGUCCAUACAAGAAAGAACUGGUUGAAGACUUUCUCGUCAACAUGGCAGUUGACGAGAAGCUGGCGCGGUCCAUUUUCGGUGUCAUCUCAGGGGCUGCUGCUUCUAGAAGCAAAUCAAUGCUGCAAUCUUUGAAGUUGAUAACUACUGGUUAUGAGGAUUUCAAUAUCGUGGAGGAGCGGCUCUGGGAGUAUCAAGUCCCUUGGAAAACGGGAUGGACGGUUGAGCGUGAUCCUACAAACCUAUCGAAGACUAUAGUCCGGGCUGACAAACCCGGCAAAUGGCCGGGCACAUCACCUGAUGUGCUCUUGGAUUACAGGGCGGGAGGGUUGGAUUUAGUCCUCCGCAGCCUUUGGAAAAUACGAGCCGAGGACUCUGGGGAGAAGAUGGACCCAAAGAAUAAUAUCGGCCCAUAUGGACAGAAGCUGGAUCGUUACGCAGAGUUGAACACCAAAUUCGGGGCAAGGGGUAAAUUGGAUUGGGAGAGCUUCCCACUGAAGUUGAAUGCUUAG